AUGGCAAACGACAAGCAAGCUUACAAGAACAUUUUGAAUUCUCUGUUCGUCAGAGAUCCCAGGCUCCUGUUCCCGCCUCCACGCAGGUAUGUACCUGUGUGGACCGAGGCAGGCCAGGAGCCGCUGUUCGUGGCGCUCGUGCAUCAGGAUUACGUUCCUCUUGCGAUGGAUCGCCCCGAGCAGGACAAGAUGGAGACAUUCGGCGAAAUCGUCGACGACUUCCCCAUCGACAACUGCGUCUACGUGCCUGCUGACGACGACGCGAUCGUCAGCGCACAAAAUGUGGCCCAAGAGAUGGCCAUUCGUCAAAGAGAAGAGGAGACCGUGAGACAGACGCUCGCUCGCAAGGAGAACCGUCGUGCCCGCAGACUUGCACACGACGCCAAAAAGCGACGAGGUGUCUCGGCCUCCAGCCCCAUCAAACCUAUGGCGUUCAACCCGGACGACGAAGUUCCCACACCAGGCCUCUUCUCAAAGGAAGAACGCGAACUUUGGCCGCACACCACGGCCUUGUUCGACGAGAUUCACCAAUUCAAUCUAAUGAUGGACAUUCCCACGCGCCCGCGUGAGAUGACAUACGUCCACGUGCCGUACCAUGGCAUCACCAAGCUGGAAUAG